AUGGGAAGUAAUUAUCGUUGGGUGCCAAUAUUAUCUGGUAAAAGGCUUAAUUACCAUGACUAUUUUGCGUUGACAGGCUCUAGCGUAGCCUUUAUUUUGGCAUUCAUAUGCUUUGUGUUAAACUUAAUAUUCCGUAGAUUAGGAACCCUAAAGAGACACAAAGAGGAAGAUGCCCAAAAACAAGGAACAAGUUAGUACAGAUUCUUAAGGGCGCAAGCUAAUGGAAAUAAUUUUGGUAACAUGGAAUUGACAAACUACAUGCAAAGCUCCUAAAAUAUCAAUUUAAAUUCGACUCAUCAAAUCUAUGGAUAAUAACUUCUAACAAGUAGCGAUAACGUUGCUUUUUACAAUAAUGGAGAUUAAAAUAUCCCAAUAAAGUUUAACAGAAAUUGUUAUGAAUAGACAGCAGAUUUUUUCUAUGGAGCUACCUACUUCUUUUUGACUAUCUGUCCUUUGGUACUUGGUGCUUUCUAAGUCAUUUGGACUUCUGUAUCUAUUUUAUUAAUGAUAGGAAUUUAUGCUGCUAAGUACUACGUAGAUACUCAUACUGAAGAGCACUAUCAUUAAUAUGUUAACGAAUCCUAAAGACAAGAAACUAUUACAUACUCAAAAAAACCUUCUAAGAAGACUAUUAUCGCUUAAUUGCUUUACUGCAUUUUAGUUCCUUCAUUUUUCCACAAUACUUGUCUUGCAUUCUAUAACGAUAACAUAGGAUACUAUAACGAACUUCUCGGUUUCUAAAUCAACACUUAGUUCACUCGUAUAUUCUAAUUGAAUGAUUCUUGUCCUCCAGGACCACCUUGCCAUUUGUAUGCAACACUCCCUGAAAAUACAGCUAACGAUGUCUUUAUCAACAUUCAUACAAACAAAGCAAUCAACAAUGUCACUGUCUAUUAUGAUCUUGAAGAAUAUUAUCUCAAUAAUAAGACAGCCUAAUUAAGAAAUCAAUAAUCAUCAGUUUUAUUCGAGCUGGAUUAUGUUGAGUCAAAAGGAUAAAGAAAUGUACACUCAGCUUUGAUUUCUGGUUUAACUCCUAAAACAAAAUAUGUUAUAUAAAUUAAAUAUGCUGGAGAUGACACAGUCCAAGCUACACAUUUCUAUAGAACAUUACCAGAUAAAAAUGACCCAAAUCUUAAUAUUACAAUGAUUAACGCUGGUGAUGCUGGUAAUACUGAACCUGCUCGUUAAUUUAACUAACUUGUUGCUACACUUUAACCUGAUAUCUUCUUCAUGGGAGGAGAUAUCGCUUACGAUGAUAACUUCAACACUUGUUACUAUGCAUGGGAUUUCUAUCUUGGUGGACUUGAAUAAAUGUUUAACAAAUUAGGUUAUUUACUCCCUAUGGUUUGGACAGUUGGUAAUCACGAUGUUGGUUUGAACGAAUUACCUUUAGUUAAUGUAACUCUUACUGAUACUGUUGGUCCUGCUUACCUCACAUAUUUCCCUUAACAUUAUGAAAGAGAUGCUGACUUUAACAUUGUUAAAACAGUUCCAUCUAUCAUAAAUAGAAGAACAGUUUUCCACCACGAAGUUGCUAACUCAGUUUAUCUCAGUCUAGAUUCUGGUUAUCUCCAUGAUUUCUCUGGCUGGUAAGAAAAAUACAUAGUAAGUGUACUCUAAAACAGCACUGGCCUAUAUAAAUUUGCAAAUUAUCAUGUCCCAAUUUAUAGCGCAUGUGGUAGCAUCGACGAAGAAAGCUCUCCUUCUACAGUUAGAGCAUUAUUCCAUUGGGUACCUAAUUUCGAUACUUAUAGAAUGGCUACUGUUUAUGAAAAUCAUGUUCACACUUUCAAGAGAACAUAUCCUAUGGUAGGUAAUAAAGUUGUAGAGAAAGAUGGAACUGUUUAUCUUGGAGAUGGUGCUUAUGGUGCUAUUCCAUUUUACUGCAAACUUAAUAAGAGUCUUGAUAUUUUUGCUAAAGCAGCUUGUAUUAACAAUUUUUGGGUAACUCAAAUUACUCAAGAUAAAUUGUAUCAUAGAGCUUAUAACAGAGAAGGCAUAGUUAUGGAUUCUUAUGAACAAGAUGCUACUUAUUAUAGAGCUGUUUGA